AUGCUCCCCGCGCCGCUCUCCCUGCUGCUGGCCGCCCUCCUGCCCCUCGCCCCGGCCCAUCCGCCGCCACCUGCCGCCGCCGGAGCACCGCCGCCGCCCCUCGGGGCCGCCCCAACGCCGCCGCCGCCCCGGCCCGGCCCUCCCCCGGGGCCGCCCCGCGGGGCCAGCGGCGUCGUUCGGCGCCUCGACCCGACCUACGCGGGGGGCGGCAGGGCGGGCUUCGUGCUCUACGCCGGCGGCCGCCGCUUCCUCCUCGACCUGGAGCGCGACGAGGCGCCGGGGGCGCCGCGGAACGGCGGGCCGUCGCGCUGCUACUACCGCGGCACGGUGGACGGCAGCCCGCGCUCCUUGGCCGUCUUCAACCUCUGCGGCGGCCUCGACGGCUUCUUCGCCGUCGGGCGCGCCCGCUACACCGUGAAGCCGGCACGGCGCGGCGGGGAGGAGGAAGACGAGGAAGAGGAGGGCGGCCAGCGGAUCUACGGCGAAGGCCCAGCCCGCGCCCCACACUUCUUCCGCAGGGAGCGCUUCAGCUUCGAGACGCUGCCGGCCCGCCCCAGCUGCGAGACCCGCGGUCCGGCCGGCGCGGCGGCGGCGCCUGAGAGCGGGCGGCGGAGGCGGCGGCGGCGUCGCUCGGUGUCGCGGGCCCGGCAGGUGGAGCUGCUGCUGGUGGCCGAUGCGUCCAUGGCGCGCAAGUACGGAAAGGGGCUGCAGCACUACCUGCUCACCUUGGCCUCCAUCGCCUCGCGGCUCUACGCGCACGCCAGCCUGGAGAACCACGUGCGGCUGGCCGUUGUGAAGGUGGUGGUUCUAGGCGAGAAGGAGAAGGGGCUGGAGGUCAACCGCAACGCCGCCACCACCCUUAAGAACUUCUGCAAGUGGCAGCACCAGCACAACCGCCUCGACGACGAUCACGACGAGCACUACGACGCCGCCAUCCUCUUCACCCGCGAGGAUUUAUGUGGGCAUCAUUCAUGUGAUACUCUGGGAAUGGCAGACGUUGGGACCAUAUGCUCUCCUGAGCGCAGCUGUGCAGUGAUUGAAGAUGACGGCCUCCAUGCAGCUUUUACAGUGGCUCACGAAAUUGGGCACUUGCUUGGGCUUUCCCAUGACGACUCCAAAUUUUGUGAGGAGAACUUUGGCUCCAUGGAAGAUAAACGCCUCAUGUCCUCCAUCCUGACUAGCAUUGAUGCUUCGAAGCCUUGGUCCAAGUGCACAUCAGCAACUAUAACAGAAUUUUUUGAUGAUGGUCAUGGUAACUGUUUGCUGGACCAACCAAGAAAGCAGAUCCUGGGCCCCGAGGAGCUUCCAGGACAAACCUAUGAUGCCAUUCGUCAGUGCAAAUUAGCAUUUGGACCUGAAUAUACAGUGUGUCCUGGGAUGGAUGUGUGCUCUCGCUUGUGGUGUGCAGUUGUUCGUCAAGGUCAAAUGGUGUGUCUGACUAAGAAGCUGCCUGCUGUGGAAGGAACACCAUGUGGAAAAGGGAGGAUCUGUCUCCAGGGAAAAUGUGUUGACAAAACCAAGAAGAAAUACUACUCGGCAUCAAGCCAUGGUAACUGGGGGUCGUGGGGACCCUGGGGACAGUGCUCCCGUACGUGUGGUGGAGGCGUUCAGUUUGCUUAUCGUCACUGCAAUAACCCAGCUCCUAGAAACAACGGCCGGUACUGCACUGGCAAGAGGGCCAUCUAUCGAUCGUGUAAUGUCACACCUUGCCCAGCAAAUGCUAAAUCUUUUCGACAAGAGCAGUGUGAAGCAAGGAAUGGUUAUCAGUCUGAUGCAAAGGGUGUCAAAACUUUUGUGGAAUGGGUCCCCAAGUAUGCUGGAGUGCUUCCUGGAGAUGUUUGCAAGCUCACCUGCCGAGCCAAAGGAACGGGCUAUUAUGUGGUAUUUUCUCAAAAGGUAACUGAUGGUACUGAAUGUCGGCCGUACAGUAAUUCAGUCUGUGUCCGGGGAAAAUGCAUCCGAACUGGUUGUGAUGGCAUCAUUGGUUCAAAGCUCCAGUAUGAUAAAUGCGGGGUAUGUGGAGGAGAUAAUUCAAGCUGCACAAAAGUCAUGGGAACCUUCACCAAAAAGAGUAAGGGCUACACAGAUAUUGUGAAAAUCCCAGAAGGAGCAACUCACAUCAAAGUUCGUCAAUUCAAGACUAAAGACCAGAGCAGGUUUACUGCCUACCUGGCCCUGAAAAAGAAAAACGGUGAGUACCUUGUAAAUGGAAAAUAUAUGAUCUCCACUUCAGAAACAAUCAUCGAUAUCAACGGAACUGUCAUGAACUAUAGUGGCUGGAGUCACAAAGAUGAUUUCUUGCAUGCAAUGGGACACUCUGCCACAAAGGAGGUUCUUAUAGUGCAGAUACUUGCAACUGACCCAACUCAACCAGUGGACGUCCGUUACAGUUUCUUUGUGCCAAAGAAGCAAGGGCAAAUGACUAACUCUGUCACUGGCAGUGGCAGCAGCAGCAAAGUAGCUCCACAGCUCACACAACCCCGGUGGGUGACAGGGCCGUGGCUUUCUUGUUCUCGAACAUGUGACACGGGAUGGCACACCAGAACUGUCCAGUGCAAAGACGGGCAUGGAAAACUGGCUAAAGGAUGUCUUCUCUCUCAGAGACCGUCAGCAUUUAAACAGUGCUUGUUGAAAAAGUGUUAACCUGUGGUUGUGAUCUUCUUUAAAAGAGGUUUGAUGAAGCCAUUGUUGACAUACUGGUAUUAGGUCUGCCCAGACAGAGAGAAGCAAAGGCUUCAGUGAAUUUACAUAAAGUCUCAAAUUAUGGGCAGAAUCUGCCUAUUUGGACCAAAUGAAGAUGUGCACUGCUUUGAAAAAUAGUAGGGUGAUCUUGAUCUGUUUGAAAAAAAAGGAAAAAAAAGCAUUAAAGUUGCUAUAAGCCCUCUGUGUCUGCAAAAAUAUAAAAUAAAAUAAUGAAAAAGAAGAAAAACUAGCAAAUGGAGGAUCCUGGGAUAUUUGAAGGUUACAGAAUCAUCUCCCCUUUUUCACCUACCUCUAAUACAGUAUGUCCUUAGAAAAUGUCACCUGUACCCAUGAUACCACGGAAGCUUAUUUUAUGCUAUUUUGUAAAUACAUUUGAUUUGGUUUGUCACUUUAUAUCACUUGGUUCUACUAAAAAAAAAUCAAAAGACAAGCUAUGUAAGCAAAGUGAUUGACCAAAGUAUAUCUGCAGCCCUCGUGGACUUUGGUCCAGCCUUCAGAAACGGCUGCAGAUUUUUUACUGGAAAAUGAAGAGCUUGCUGCUGGUUUUAAAAAGUAAUUUGAUUUUGACAAAGGGAAAUGCAUGUUUGUUCUAGGGAUUUCCUGAUAGCAGAUCAUAAUUCUAUGACAAAUUCUGUGUUUCCACCAAGAAAUUCUCAGAGGAGCUCUGCAAGAGUGCAGACCAAGGAUCCCCACAGGUGCAUUGCUCAUAUACCAGCACCAUCAGCAGCUCCUUACCAUGAGUAUGUCAGACACACAUAGGAGUAAUAUUUGUCUGCCUGAAAGAAUCUGUGUACCUGUUUCUUGGUAAACCCUCCACUAGUUCCAACUUUGUCACAGCGCGGGAUCCCUGUUGUUGCUGAACAAUAGCUGCUAGCUCCUUCUUUCCAAAAAAUAAAGGCAUACUGUAUUUUGUAGAACUAGUUAGAGAACCAAAAAUUACAGGUAUGAUAAACAAGUGUCUUCUAACUCAGAUAUUCUGAGGCUAUGUUCAACUGCUUUCUCUGUUAUUUUCUCUAUGGCUUCCACCUUGAAUCUAACAAUGUGUAAUGUACCUACAUCUUUUGAAGAGGCUAUAAAGGUCAAAAAAACACAGCAAGCAGUUAAUAUUUUAUCACUUUUUUGUCCAUCAUGUCUAACUCUGGUAUUCAUCUUACCAGCAGAAGUUUGUAACUGUUUGUCUUUUUGUUUGGUUUUUUGUUUGUUUGAUUUUCAUGUUUUGUACAUCUACCACAUUUGGGAGGGAGAGGUGUCAGUAGGAAGUCAAACCACAUCAGGAUGUGGAGGACUUGCCCAACAUCAAUAAAACUAUUUCCACAGUACAGGCAGAAGUUAGUAUUAAUUUCCCUUGAGAGCAGCUUCUGAAUCCCAUUACUAUCCGGUGGAAGUUAGUGACUGAGGAAGGACAUUUCACCAUAUGCAGGUAACAUGUGGGGAGUCCACACCAACACUUGUUAGAAUUGCUUCCUUUCAUAUCAACAGGCUUUGAAUUAAACCCUAGGAUGACAGGUACAAGGUGGUAGAACUCCAUCCAUCUUUUAUUUCUCAGCUUGUCAACACAGGAGAGUAUGAGUGCAGGAAGAUUUUCAGACACAGCUGUGAGUCACUGGUACUUAGCACUAUACUUCCCCAGGCUUCAGGCUCUUCAGAAAAUCCCGGUCAUGAAAUCAGAAAAGAAAUCUUGUUUGUGUUGCAAGAAGGGCAGGUCUCACUCCAGGCUGACAUAAACAUGUUUUUGCAACUCUGGCAUGUUUAUUUGAAUUCUAGAAAGCAUGUGAUGAUUUUAAAACAGCACAGAGUUGCUACAUCAACGAGUUGAAACCUGGAGAAAUAUCUGUUUUUGUACUCUAUUCUAAGUAAACACUAAAAGGGACAGGGUCUCCUCUUUAAAAGUGAACUGCAAAGGAAUGUUAUUAGUCAUCUUCAGCUUUCGAGAAUGUGUGACCUCCUAAUAAAAAUGAAAAACAUGGAUCUUAAGGAAAGUUGGCUACUCAACAACUCAUGCCAACCUAAGAACUUAAAUCAAGGCUCUGAAUAUUUGCAGAGUUCUGGAAAUUGCUUAUGUCUUUUCUACCUUAUAAAAUCAUGUUGGAAGUGUCUUAUUUUCCUUUCAAGUAAACUGAUUUUUAUAUUUAUAUAUGUAUAAACACAUGUUCUAGGGCUCUUAAGGAAGGUCAUAACAAGUAGAAACCAUCGUAAGUGGAAAGAUAAGGAGCAUAGAUUUGAUGUUUGUCCAGGCCUGCAGCUGCUGAAUUAAUUGGCAUUUAUUUUUCCUGUGUUGUAUCAGAAUAGAGACAGAAUGUGCAAGUAUUUGUGUUUGCGUUAUAGAAAUAAUUUAUUAUGUACUCAACAAAAUGAGUAAGGCUUUUGGAUGUUAUUCAGACUCCAGGAGAGUAAUACCAUAAACGGGUAUAAAUUUUAAAUCUUCUUUAGAUCAAGAAUUUUUCAUAGAAAGAAUCUAUUUAUAAAAAGUAAAUAAAUGCAAGAGCAAACCACUAUACUGAUUUUUUCCAUUUUCACCAGUGUAGUAGUGAAGGAAAUGGGCAAAAAGAAGUUGCUUUUAUAUAAAAUCAUAGAAUCAGAAUUGUUUGAGUUGAGAGGGACCUUUAAGAGUCAUCUGGUCCAACUCCCCUGAAAUGAGCAGGAACAUCUACAGCUAGAUCAGGUUGCUCAGAGCCCCAUCCAGCCUAAUGGAAAGGAGCAGACUAAGGAAGCUAUCCUAAAAGUGUAAGGUGAACUAGGGCAGCCUGCUAUACCCAACAUUUGCUUUUUAGCUGAUCUUUGUUACCAAACUGCAAUCCCCAGCUUUGCUUUUUUAAUUUAUACCUACUUCAUGUAACUGAUGAAUGAAAAAUUGGUGCAAGGUAUGUGAAUUUGCCAUUACAACUAGUGCUUCUAACUAAAUUCCUCGUUGGUCAUACUGUUACAUCACUGUUUACGUUACUACUGAGUCUUGCCAAACAAGAUUCAUCAAAUGCUUGCAAUGGAUAGAGGCACUGUCUCAGAAGCCCAGAAUACAGAAAUAAGCAAGCUUCAUUGUUAAAUUCACUGUAGACUUUUUGGGACACAUCUCCAGUGCCUUAGAUUGGACCCCCUUUUGAAUCUGUGGCUUUUUACCUGCUUUUCGAAUGAGACAGUGUACUUAGAAAAAAGCCUUUCAUUUGCAGUUUGAUUGUAUGCAUGAAGUUCAGUUUGUCUGCCCUCCUGUGGAAACAGUUUUAUCACAAGGGGAGAGGGAAUAAUCUUGUGGAUUAAUAACAAUUGUAUUAAAAAAAAAAAAAAAAAAAAAAAAAAA